GCCGCCGACCGCCCCUGCGACAGCGACAGCGUCAGCCCUGCGCGGAGCGCCGGCCCGAUGGCGGCGGCGAUGGCCGAGCAGGAGAGCGCCCGCAACGGCGCGCGCAACCGCGGCGGCGUCCAGCGCGUGGAGGGCAAGCUGCGCGCCAGCGUGGAGAAGGGCGACUACUACGAGGCGCACCAGAUGUACCGGACGCUCUUCUUCAGGUACGUGUCCCAGGGCAAGCACACGGAGGCCCGCGAGCUGCUGUACUCGGGGGCUCUGCUGUUCUUCAGCCACGGCCAGCAAAACAGUGCUGCGGACCUGUCCAUGCUGGUCUUGGAGUCCCUGGAGAAGGCGGAAGUGGACGUGGCCGAGGAGCUGCUGGAGAACCUGGCGACGCUGUUCGGUCUGAUGGACCCAAACUCUCCUGAGCGAGUGGCCUUCGUGUCCCGAGCCCUGAAGUGGUCCAGCGGAGGCUCUGGCAAGCUGGGUCAUCCGCGACUCCACCAGCUGCUGGCCCUCACCCUGUGGAAAGAGCAGAACUACUGUGAAUCGCGGUACCACUUCCUGCACUCGACGGACGGCGAGGGCUGCGCGCACAUGCUGGUCGAGUACUCCACCUCCAGGGGCUUCCGCAGCGAGGCCGACAUGUUUGUGGCCCAGGCCGUGCUGCAGUUCCUGUGUCUGAAGAACAAGAGCAGCGCGCUGGUGGCGUUCACGACGUACACGCAGAAGCACCCGUCCAUCGAGGGCGGGCCCCCCUUCGUGCAGCCCCUGCUCAACUUCAUCUGGUUCCUGCUGCUGGCCGUGGACGGCGGGAAGCUGACGGUGUUCACGGUGCUGUGCGAGCAGUACCAGCCGUCCCUGCGCAGGGACCCCAUGUACAACGAGUACCUCGACCGUAUAGGCCAGCUCUUCUUCGGGGUGCCGCCCAAGCAGACGUCGUCCUACGGAGGCCUGCUCGGGGACCUGCUGAGCAGCCUCAUGGGCUCCUCGGAGCAGGAGGACGGCGAGGAGAGCCCCUGCGGCGGCAGCCCCAUCGAGCUGGACUGAGCGCGGCGCCGACGCGGGCACGGGUCGGACAGGCGCCCGGGACGGGGCUCCUGGCGCCGGCGGGCCCUCGGGCCGAGGCUGGCGGCGCCACGCCGGGCGUCUGGAUGUGUGUAAGGCGGCCAGGGCGGCCCGGGGCCCGUGUCCCCUGCGCUCCCCCAAUAAAGCACAGGCCUCGCCGUGGCGCCGCUCUCCCGCUGCCUUGUUUGCGGGUCCGUGGGGAGGGCGCACGUGUGGGCAGGCGGCCUGCACUCACCGCGCCUCUGUCCCCGGGCCGCGGCUCCGGCCGCUCCGGCUGUCCCCGCCGCCGCGCAGAGGCCACAGGGACCGAGAGGUGUGGACACUUUAUUUCUUCACAAUUGAGAGGGGGCUGUGGAGAGCACGCGGCGGCCGUGUGCGCUGUGCGGGGCGUCAGGGAGCUCUGUCGGCACGCGUGUAAAUAAAUCCUUUCUACCGG